AUGUCGUGUCUGUCGCCAGAAGCCACGACAACAAUUACCUCCCGUCCAAAACUCACCCUUCAAACCACCGCUCUCCCUCGCACAUUUGGCACUUCGACCACUGGCCUAUCCUUUUCUUUCGCAGCGGCGCCAGCUUCAUCACCCACCGUUCGAAACACCUUCAAGAAUGCCUACGAAGUCGCAUCCCCAGCUUCCUCAACCUCUCCAACCAAAUCCAUCCGCUACAACAAAUCAACCUCCCCCUUCAUCCACCGAAGUCCCUACCAACUCCCCAUCGGAGUGCGUAGUAUUCUACGCAACUCCCCACUAGAACCGGCCCGGCGACAAUCAGGCUCCAUCUCAGCGGGCGGGAAUGGACCCAACGGCGCAGGCACCCGUCGUGUCUUUUUUCCGGCCAAGAAACAAGUUUGCUACCGGUACCCACUGGAAGAAGAAAUUCGCACAGAACGCUACACCGCGCAACAUCUCGAUCUUGUGAUGGAGGAGGCAGUGCCAGCCGAGGCAGACGCCAAAUCCCAAACUCCACCUGAGACACGCCCCGCCCCCUCCCAGGACCCCGAAGGCGAAAAACAGAACUUCGAUUCUAGUCCCUCAUCAUCAGAGACAAGCACCUCGGAUGACACUAGCGCCGAUGAAGGCGUGCGCGGGUCUUCGCUCUCAAAGACGGAGCGCAAAAAACGUCGUACCAUGCGCAUAGAGCGACAGGUUCGCGCAGUGGCUCUAUUGGAUGACUUUGAGGCCUAUGGCUCCUCCACACCGCAGACUCCCCGGCAGGGUCGGGCUAAGCGCCGCAGAGAAUGGAAAUGGACUCUUGGGCCGGUCGAUCUGCCUGAUAAGGCCUUGAAUAUCGUGUGCGAAAAUGUCUCAUUGUUGCACGCCGCACAGGUCAACUCGGGGUCAGAGUUUCUCCGAGUAUCCACCGACUUUUCGUCCACUCGUUAA